GUGCUUUUACCUACUUACAACGUGACGUCUUUUCGGCUUUCUAGAUGCUUCGAUCCUGGUAGAUUUUUGAAGAUCACCAGAGUGAUCUGGAGUUUCUUGAUCCUGCUUUUGGAUCAUAUGCUUUGGCUUUCGUUUUGCUUUGUCGUGGUAAGAAUUUCGUGUGUGCUUUCUCGUCGUUUAACGACCUCUUCAUAUUCUUGUCUCUUCUAUUUGAUCUCCAUACGUCGGUGUAGCAAGACGGAAAAUUGGCAAAUACACACGAUUGUGACCAGGCAAAUCUCGAAACCCCAUUCCAGGAUGCGCGCUGUUGCGAUCGGAGUUGCCUCGCUCGCUGGGUUGACAGCAGCGGACUCAGUGUGGCCAUCCUGCAUUGAACAAAACACAGUAAUUCGAAAUGCAGGAAAGGCUUUUUUCACCAACGUGGCCGGUUACGGAGCAGCAGCAGGGUAGAUGUCUUUGUUUGAGCUCGUAUUUCAUGCGUGCUUCGUAGUCUUGUCUUAUCGCGAUGAAAAGUAGACGUCGGUAGACCCAAUACUUACUUGCAUAUGAAUGCUUAGAUCACACUAUUAACACAGGUGCUUUCUCGACGACUGCAAAAAUACGGACAAGUUCGCGGUGUCUUCAAUCGAGUCUUGCAUCAACGUGUGCAACUCCGAACCGGAGUGCGCCUGGUGGGUCUUCGGAACAGAAGAAGGUGCAGUGUUGUUUUGUGAUUCUUGCAUAUGAUAACAUUAGUUGUACCAAUCAAGGUCCAGAGACCACGAGGAAUGGCCGCAGCGAAGUCGAAAAGGAAAUUCGGACAGACUUUCACUACCAUGAUAAGUCGAUCAUUCAUUGUGGCAUCAGAAGUACUAUUCUUUUCCGACAUAUCAGGUAUGACGAAGUGCUGGAUGCGAGUAGCGGAUGACGGCCGCGAGGCAGGAGACGGAUGGUCCAGCGGUGCCAAGACCUGCGCGCCACCAGGUACAAUAUUUUUGGUGACGACGUCUUGGUUGAACCUAUAGCGUGCUAGCUCCUAUUGCUGUAAUCUUUUUUACAGUGUGGCGCUUCAUGAUGACAUCACGUAGCAUGUUGCAUCGGAGCUGUUUCAGGCCCCGGGGCAAACGUGACAGCAAAUCUUGACGAAAUUUGAAUACAGAUGUGCAGAAGCUGACGAUGGGAAACACCGAGUGCUGGAUCGACGGGUUUGACUACCACACCUGCUGCGACCCAAAGUUCGGACCCAACGGAAACACCCAGUGCUGGGAUGGCAUGUUCAACUACAACCGGUGCUGCUUCCCCCGACACGAACUGUAAAGACGUGAAUCUUGCAAGUCUGGCGCGCUGCGCCGUGUUUUGAAUGCAUUAUUACAAAAUUACACACAUUACAAACCAGGCGGCGAGUCGUACAUAGGACAAAGUAUCUAUAAAAUGCACCAUCCGUUGUAUGCGCGCACCAGCCAUUUAGUAAACUUCAAUUCUGUCAGAUAACAGCCUUGAGCUUCCUUUUGAUGUGCAUUAACGAACCCUUGUUACGCAUGGUACAAUCCGUAUUGCAAUGAAGAUCAUGGUUUUGAGCUGCACUGGCUAUUCACCAAGUCGUGGCUUCUCUGGUUUGUCCACGAUACCAGGAAACUACCUGGGCAAAGUACGUAUAAGGAGGCUUUAGCUAGUACCUCAAGUCUUCCGGUCGCGUCUCGGAAGAAGCUUAGAUGAGGCCACUCUGUAUUGAGAAACCAAAUCUAGAACGCAGGUCGUUAUAGACACAGCGUUAAGUACGCAGUAAUACGAAUGCAU